AUGUCUCAGGGGGUAAAUACUACUUCGGAAGUCAACGGUAGUGAAGCUGCAUCUUCACCUAUACGUAUUCUUGAAAGCACCAAUUGCCCAGCUAGCCCUGGCACUACCACCAGCGCACAUCAGCCCCCUCGCGAUGAGAGACCUUUCAACUUCAUACCAUCCACUGCGAGUCAAGAAUGGACCCGUAGGAAGGUAUUUGAUGGCGAGACCAACGAUAUCCUUGAUCAACUGAUGGGAUAUGAAGGAUUGGAAGAGGUCAAGCAACAAUUUUUGGACAUCAAAUCUAAGGUUGAUGUCUGCAAAGAGCAAGGCCGAGAUCUGAAGUCGGAGCGUUUCAACAUUGUUUUCCAGGGGAACCCCGGAACGGGUAAAACUACAUUUGCCCGCUUAUAUGCCAAGUUUUUGUGUAGCUUGGGCAUUCUCGAGUCUGACUGCGUGAAAGAAACUACCGGCAUCGAUAUAGCGACCAAAGGCACUGCCGCAAUUAAGAGUAAGAUCAAAGGGAUGCUUCAUGGCUAUCGAAAUGAUCGUAUCGGCGGGGUUUUAUUUGUCGACGAAGCUUACCAACUGACUGCCCCAUACGCUGAUAGCGUUGGGAGGGCAGCUUUGGACAUAAUACUCACGAUGAUGGAGAACAACGUCGGCAAACUUGUUGUUAUAUUUGUCGGCUAUAAGGACGAGAUGGAAUCGUUCUUCGAGCACAAUCCAGGCUUGAGCAGCCGGAUCCCCUAUACAAUGAACUUCGCAGACUUCACCGACGGCGAACUCUGGAAGAUAUUAAGUGACAAUAUUACACGCGAAUACGGCGGAAAGAUGAAGGUCGAGGAUGGUAUGCAUGGGCUUUACAUGCGUAUUGCCAUCCGACGGCUUGCCCAAAACCGCGGCAACAGGAGCUUUGGUAACGCACGCGCUGUCCAGAACCUCUUAUCUAAGAUCGCGAAUCGACAGGCACAGCGUCUAAAGAGAGAGAGAAAAUACGGCGGGAGGCCAGACAUCUUCCUUUUUACGAAAGAAGAUUUGAUCGGCCCAGAUCCGGCCACUGCCAGUACAAGCAGCGAGGCAUGGAUGGAACUGCAAAGGCUCAUCGGACUCAAUCAGGUUAAGGAGUGUGUGCGAAGCAUGAUAAAGACGAUUCAACACAAUUACCUCCGCGAGUUAGCUGAGCGUCCUCCUCUAAAAUUCUCGCUAAACCAACUGUUUGUGGGAAAUCCUGGUACGGGAAAAACAACGGUAGCUAAGUUGUAUGGUCGAAUCCUAGCCGACUUGGGCUACCUCAGCAAAGGCGAUGUGGUUUUAAAGAACCCGGCUGACUUCAUCGGCGACUGUCUUGGAAAGUCCGAAGCGAAGACAAAGAAGAUUUUAGACUCCACCAUUGGUAAGAUCCUAGUAAUUGACGAAGCGUAUAUGCUUGACGCCGGCGAUCCCGGCAGAGAGCAGGACAAAUUCAAGACCGGGGUGAUCGAUACAUUGGUGUCAAUGGUCCAGGGAGUACCUGGAGAAGACCGGUGUAUCAUCCUCAUUGGAUAUGAAGACAAGAUCAAGGACAUGUUCCAGAACGUCAACCCAGGUCUGUCACGACGUUUCCCCAUCGAGCGACCUUUCCGUUUUGAGAACUUUGAUAUCUCACAGCUAGAACAGAUUCUACGGCUGAAAAUGGACCAGCAAGGGCUUGGUGCUACUGAUCAUGCUAUUGAGGUAGCUCUCGAGGUUCUUGAAAGGUCGCUGAUGCGUCCAAACUUCACGAACGCUGGCGAGAUAGAUAGCCUCCUUUCUAUGGCCAAGACGAAUUAUGAAAUGAGAUUAUCAGCAAUGACCAUAAUCAGUUUAGACACUGACAUAGAGAUUGAGGCAGCGGAUUUCGAUCCUGAUCAUGAUAGAGGAUCUAGAGUCGACUGCCGUAAAAUGAUGGAGGGCCUCGUCCAUAGCACCAUCACCGACAAAUUCGUCGGGUACCAAAAGCGAUGCCUUGGGGCAAGGAGGCAUGGAUUAGACCCGAGGGAGCAAGUCCCGACGAGCUUCAUAUUCAAAGGACCAUCAGGUACUGGAAAAACUAUUACCGCACAGAAGAUGGGAGAGCUUUUCUACAAUAUGGGGCUUUUAGCGACACCCCAAGUAAUCGAAUGCACCAUGGCCGAUCUCCUUGGUCAGUACGUUGGACAGACGGUGCCUAAGACACGAAAGAAGCUCCAGGAAGGUAUCGGGCGAGUUCUUUUCAUCGACGAGGCCCACAGACUUGUUCAAGGACAAUACGCGACCGAGGCAGUCGAUGAGUUGAUCCAGUUCCUUACCAGACCGUCGCUCAAGGGCAAGAUGAUCGUGAUCCUAGCCGGCUAUACGGCAGACAUGCAUAACCUCAUAUCGACUCGACCGGCUCUUGCGAGUCUCUUCCCAGAGGAGAUUACCUUUGAUAACAUCCCUCUCGAUGAUUGCAUCGCGUUGCUUGCCAAGGAGCUUGAAUUCAGCAAGUUCACAAGUGAAGCAGGAUUCCUCAAGAACCCGAGCUCGCCAGACUAUGGGAAAGUCAAGGGACUCUUCCGCGCUAUGCAAUCGAUUCCUAGCUGGAGUAAUGCCCGUGAUGCCCGAGUCAUCUCCGCAGCUUAUAUCACAGACUGUAUGUGGCAGAUGAUCACACAGCAGAAAGAGCGCUGUACCGCCACGACAUCAAAUGACAAGACGGCCUCACCACAGUCGCCGUCCACCAGGGGAAUGGACUCACACCCAAUGAUGUUUAAUCCGCAAUCAGCAACACCGCCUCCGGCUGCUUCUACCUCCUAUGCACCCAGAGCAGAAAGCAGCUUUUCUACCGCGAAUGAUAGCGCCUCGGUUAGAACCCAAGGUCAAGGUCUCAACAGCUUUUUAACGUCUCAAGCCACCGCCGUCCGCAAAGGAACGAAUGGACCACAAAACGACCGUAACACGCAAGGGCAGAAGGCGCCGAGUGAAGACAUACGUGAAGAGGGCGUGUCCGACGCCGUCUGGCAGGAACUUGCCAAGGCGAAGAGGAUCGAAAGCGCUCGACGCGUCCUACGCAAUACGGAAAUCAAACGACUAGAGCGCAGUUUGCGAGAGGCCGAAAAGAGCGGCGAUGUCUCAGCGUGCGAUGCGCUACGGAGCCAACUCUCGGCGACUCAGCAGCGCAUACGGGACGAGGAAAGGGUACAGCAGGUCUUACAUCAAAUGAAUGUCUGCGUCUAUGGAUUUUCUUGGAAUAAAGUUGCCGGUGGUUAUCGAUGCGAAGGUGGGAUGCAUUUUGUGACUGAUGAGGAUGUUCAGUCGAGAUUGAUAUAA